ACAAAACCCCAGCGAGAGCGAGACCAAAGAGGGGAGCAGACUGCUGCUUCGCCGAAGCGGGAGGCGAGGAUGAUGGAGGCGGGGCGGUGGCAAUCACCGGCGGCUGCUGCUGCUGCUGCCGCGGAGGCUGUGGAGGAGACCGGUGCCGGGGGCCCUUCGAGGCGGCCCCCACGCCGCGGGCUGCACCGCGCGUCACCCUACGGGCUGGGGCCCCGCCGGUGGCUCCCCAAGCUCCCUGUGGCUUCCAGGAUCUUCCCCUCCAUGCCCCGCGACCGCGACGCCUCCGACAAUAAUCAAGAGGUUCAUCGUGAAUCACUGGAAGUUAUUCCUGAAAGACACUCCGCAGAACCUAACACCACUGCUGCAGCCAUUGGACAACCAACAUCUGUGAGCAAUAAAUUCAACCUGCUUCUGGAAGGUGAUUACAGAAAUCAAAGUGAUGGCAAUGAGCUUGCUGAAAUUGAGAAGAUAAUCAACCAGAGGCAUUUUUCUAGGGAUGAGACAGAACGUCUAAUAGAGAUCAUGUGGUCAAGGACUCCUGAUCUUAGUGUUGAAGACCAGAGAGCUCCAGGGUGUACUGCAAAAGGUUUUGAAGCCACACCAUUUUCAACACCUGCAAAACUGAUUGAUCCUCAGUCAUCCUUGGGGACUGAUAUCUUUCCACCAUCAAAUGUGCAUGAGGUUGGUUCUUCGCCAAUUGAAAUUGCAAAAGCUUUUAUGGAAGCACAGACCGCGGCAUCUGUACAUGAGUAUCAAAAGCGAAAAUUCAGAGCUUUGAGUCAUGGAGUUGAGAUUGAGAAUUCCACGUCAAAUUUUUUCCCUAAAAUAGCUACUGAUUCUUCUGUAUGCUGGCCUGGUUCAGUUGUCCAAGAUUAUCCGAAUUAUCUUACACCACAAAGUACUAAAGGAAGGACUCUGCCUCAGCCCUUCUCCCGGACACCUUACAGUGGCUCAGUUUUUCGGAGAUCUAUUAAGAACAGCAGGCAUGGUGAUACCUACAAUAACCCAUCUGGACAGUCACAACUUUCAACUCCUUUUUCCGUUGGAAGUAAGACAAUACCAGAGGAUAAACUGGUGUCGACCAGUGGUGGUAGAGUGCAACCAUCAUCAUCUUCUAGAGGACAGAGAGAUACUUUUGGUCCUACUACUUCCUUCUUUCCAAUAGAAGGUUCUUCUGCUAUGAAGAAUAUUACAUUCAACCUCCUAGGGCCCCAUGGCAAAGGCACCGUAGAAAGCAGCUCAACACCUGGAUGCAUUUCAGCAAUAGACAAUAUCUCCAGAGGUGGUUCAGUAUCUGUUCAUCCCAAGUCAAGUGAAACAGCUUACAAAAUACUUCAGCAUCUUGAGAAAACCAUUCCUUCCCCUACAUCAAAGCCACUGGAGCUAAGACAGACUUUAGCAAAGAGAAAUGCUUCUUCUGUUGUCACCAAUAACCAGUUUAAAGGGUCCGAUUCCAAUAUUAGCAAUGGUUAUAGGCAGAGCAGUGUUAAAGCGAGUGGUAAUGCUUACCUGGAGAUCGCAGAUGCAAAGAAGGUUCAGGUACCUCCAAGCAGUCCCAAUGCUCCAGAAUCAAGUCAAAAGAUUCAGGGCUGUGGAGCUAACUCAGAAGUUCCUGAAACACAAACUUCUCAUUAUCCUUUGAAAUCAGACUUGCCAUCCACAUCAGCUGCUGAGGUCUUGGAUAAAAAUACUAGCAAAGGUUUUACCUUCACAUUUCCUGUUGCUAAAGCUCCAAGUUCUCUCCUUGAACCGCCACCCACACCAACUUUGGCUUCACCACCAGCAAGGAGCCUGCCAGUUGAUACCGAAGAGUUUCCCAUGUUUACCUUCGGCUCAUCCAGUAUGACCAACAACCUUGUUUUCUCCUUCGACUCAUCCAGUACGACCAACAACCCUGUUUUCUCCUUUGACUCCACUAGCGGUUCUGUUGGUGCAGAUGGAACAGACCCAACCUUCAAAUUUGGGUCUGAUAAAAAGCGAGAGUUGUCUUUUGAUAUAGCUGGCAAAGAUGCAGUUUGCUUUUGAUAUAUGCCAUGUCUGCCGAUUCGAAUUCUAUCACGCUUGCUAUUUUUUGGUGUGCUGAUCAAAGACUGUCUUUCGUAAGUUGGAAUGCAGUAUCUUUGAGCUAUAAACCGGGACAUCGGUUUCAUUUAUUAGUAUGUUCGAACUUUUUUCUUAUUCUAGGUGCAUCUGUCCCAUUGGCAGACAUUUUUGCAGUGGUUUGCACCCGUGCCUGUGUCAUUGGGCAUCAGUCAAUUUGGUCUAUAGCUUUCAUAUCUGAAUCAUAGACUCAUCUUUUUGGUCCAAGGUAAUGGAGCUGAUGAUAUAAUCUGUUGGAAAGGCCCUGCUUUCUUCGCAAGCCGUGUUUGAUCCUGCACAUUUUGACGUGUGCCUGCACCAACCAAUUUGAUGACCAAAAGAAACGAGGAUGAUACGGUUGCUAAAGACAGGAGUCGAGUCUGAGUCAUGAAAGUGACCGGUUGAUGCAGAAAUAGAUGCCUGAUUGCAUGCUCCUGCUUGGGUCAGACACAGGCUGGAGUGAUGUUGCCACCGAGCCAAAGCCUGGCGAAAUAUCGCCAAAGAAUUAUGGUGACAUACUCAUAGCCAGUCAUGUAUGCAUGAAUUAUGAUUCGCCGCGUCAUGAAGAAGGCAAAAUUGUUUGGCAAACCUAGACGUGUUGGAGACCUUUUCUUUUAAAACUAAGGGCAGGAAAGACUUGGAACUAUAUGUAAGGUGUAAGAGAAGGGAAGGAUGAAUUAGUUUGAUUUUUCUUGUUU